GUUCCUGGAAGCAAGCCAGGCGAGGACUCUGUAGAGGUUGUCUUGGUUGAUGAAGAGGCUGUCGGAACAGCUGAUAUAUCUGGAUGUGGAGCAAAAGUUCUUCAUCGUAGCAGUGGGCUGGAGCAUGCUUCUCGUCCUGUAGGAUCAACAGUGACAAUGGAAAAGAAGAUAGCAACAAAAGAAGACUUGGGCUCGGAGUUUGAGGCUCCAUCAAGAGCCUUGAGCUUGUAAUUUCAGGGGUCUGUUUCUUUUCAGUUUUCUUUUUCUCUGUGUCAAUUCUUGUAUAUAAAGUAAUUAAACAUGCAAAGCCUAGUUGGGCUUCCUUGUUCUAAAGAGAGGGCUUUUGUAAACCUAGAUAUUUUUUUUUUCGAACCCCAACUGAGUUUAUAUAAGUUCGGCACAGCCUCUUCCCCUGGAUACCCGGCUUUAAUCCUUUUUGACAUUCAGGAAGAUGCUAAAACUGAUGCAGUUCUGUUGUCUUUCUUGUUAGAGGUUCUGGUUGAAAGCGCGAGUUUGCUUAAUUUUAAUUUGAAACAGUGUUAAGGGGAUGAUAUCUCUUCCUUGUACAAAUUAAUUUGAAACAGUGUUAAGGGGAUGAUAUCUCUUCCUUGUACAAAUUAAUUUGAAACAGUGUUAAGGGGAUGAUAUCUCUUCCUUGUACAAAUUAAUUUGAAACAGUGUUAAGGGGAUGAUAUCUCUUCCUUGUAUUUUGUAUAUCGGAUGAACUAGAGUUUCCA